UCCCGCCCCGCCGGCAAGCCGGGCGCCGCCGCAGCCCUACCCCUGCCGGCGACGCCACCACAGCCCCGACCCCAACCGAUGACGCGCCACACCACCUGCCGGAGCACCUUGGGGUCGCCGGAUCCGGCGAGGAUCCUUCACCACCCUCCACUCUCCGGCGACCACCAGCCCGCGUGCGGAUGGGGUGCUAUCCUGCAGAUCGAGGAGGCGUCAAACUUCAGAUGGAGGAGGCCACAACCUGCAGCUGGCCGCGUGCCAUGGUCAGGCGUCGCCGUCAUCCUCCGUCACACUGGGCACCUCCUGAGCGUUGGAGUGAAGAGCGAGCACGCUCACCCUGAUCCAAUCUGCAGCAGCACCCCGAGUCCUCCCAAAGCAGCCCAGAGCCGUUCAAGUAUGCAGCCCUGGGCCAUUCAAUGACGGAGCUGCCGACCAUUCGUGAAGACAACACCCUGGAUCCUGCUUGCCCACCAUCAAGUUCAACUUCUGUUGAAUCCUGUAAAGGGAGACUUAUUGUGAGAGCGAUCCCGCAUUAACUUUUUUUCGUUCAAAAUUGUGUUAGCUACUUCCGCUUCAGCUAGCCUGUGUAUGUAGCUACCAAGGUGGCAUGCAUUCAGCCUGUCUGUGUGACCACAUGUCGCGAGUUGCUAUCUGACUGAAACGAUUUAUGUACACUAGGAUCUCCAUGUACUGAACAUGUUAAAAAAGAUAUAUCAUGUAUAUUCUCCUCCUGUUUGUUUCUUGUGGUAUUUCAAGCCGCCACUACCAUUAGCAUUUUUUGUCUGAUGGUCCACGUCUUAUAAGUGUGCACUCUAAAAAAACAGAAUUUUAUGCAAUACUAGCAAACAGU